CAAAUCCGUUUGCUUGGAACGUUCAAACUUUCACAAGCGAGGACAGGUCUACCGAGUCACGCACGCGCACACGAAACCCCGGAGUUAAUGCGGUCGCGAGAGUAUAUGUGGGGGGGACUCAUGCGUGGCGUCGAUCCGGCGCGUCGUGAUCACCUUUCCGCUAGGUAGCCAGAGAUCUCUUUGGAGGUUUGGUGCGCUUCGGCUUCGUCGGCAGCGGCGGCGGCGGCGGCUGGUCUGGGUGUGGAUCGGACGAUGGAGACGGUGGAGGAGGAGGUGGAGGAGUACAGCUGGAGGGAGGUGCUGCUGCCGCGGCUCGUCCCGGUGGUGUCGGACGCGGCGCCGGAGCUGGAGCGGGAGACCGGGGAGCGCCGCCGCGGCAGGGACCUCCUCGUCGCCGUCGACUUCGGGCCCAACUCCAAGCACGCCUUCGACUGGGUGCUCGUGCACUUCGCCCGCAUGGCCGACACGCUCCAUCUCGUCCACGCCGUCUCCAGUGUGAAUAAUGAUCUAGUAUAUGAGAAAAGUCAGGAACUCAUGGAGGAUUUAGCAAUUGAGGCAUUCAAGACGUCACUGGUCCGGACUAAGGCAAGGAUUGUUGAAGGGGAAGCUGGAAAGGUUAUUUGCCAAGAAGCAGAGCGACUAAAGCCUGCAGCAGUCAUUCUUGGCACACGUGGUAGAGGCCUUAUUCAGAGUGUGUUUCAGGGAAGUGUCAGUGAAUAUUGCUUCCACAACUGUAAAGCAGCCCCAGUUAUCAUUGUCCCAGGCAAAGAAGCUGGUGAACAGUCUGUGCUUUAAAGGGAGGAAGAUACGUAGCAGAUGAUGGUGCAUCGGUAGGGCGUUGUGCUUUCAAUUAUUGUAAUGUUAUAAAUAGUAUUAUGAAAUUUUAGUAGAUUUGUAGUCGAGUUAUGCUUGAAUUAAUGGUAUUGUUUGGUAGUGGAAUGAAGAAUGACGUGUUGUUUAGAAAUUGGAGUAGCAAGACAAAUAUAAACACACAAAUGUACUUGUAUUGCCAUUGCUGACAUUAGUACAGUUUCUAUGAAUAAAGAAUCUUCAGCCACAAAUAUUGAUGUGGUUAAAACUCCUGGAAUGUGGACUU